GUCCUAGCUCGUGGCGCGCGACAGCUCACCUCCUCUCCCAAUGGAAAGCACCCGACCUCUGAUAGGUACAGUCGACCUCAGGUAAUGAAGUACUGUAGCAUGCUAGGUAGGUACCUGUCACGCCUGAGGGAGGUGUUCGAGGAACCUUCCAUCAGUGCAGGCCAACCCGGCCUUCCUUCUAGAACUUUAGCGUGCCGGUCCAGGCUGGUGCACGUCACGGAAGGAGCUGCCUCUGGAGAGGCUGCCGGCGGGACGGGAGUCAUGGCAGCUCCAACCUUCCAAGUCCAACUGUUCAAGUCCAAGCCAGACAGCGUGGCAGUCGUGGCAUGCCACCCGUGGCCGCCGUUGAAGCUCCGUGCCCGUCAGAAUAGUGCGGUCAUCAUCAUCCAAUUCCCACGCCGUUCCAUUCCGUUCCCAUUGUCCAUUUUCCCCGUCGAGACGAGUACUUGGUUACUUCGUACACUACUCUGUACCAUAACAACGUCCCUUUUAUGGCAAUCCGACUCACCCUUGACUCAUACGUGUUCCAUGAACAGCGUUUCCGGACCUCGAAACUUGGCAUUAAACACUAUCAAGUCAAGCCUCGGACCCUUUGGCUCAACUACGUGAAGCUCAUGGUAGUUUCACAUGCGCUUUACCGAGACAGUCUUUUUUGCGAAAAAAAAAAUCAGACCGUCCGGACCACCGUCGUUUGUUUCUUUGUCUUUGUCUUGUUUCUUGUACCAUAUUUGUAUCACUCACCCCGUUUCCUCUUUUCCCUUCUUGGGCACGUCAAUUCAUUCGAUCAAUCAAUCUCCUUAUCCGUUCAGUCUUGAUUGGUUUCUCAAUUGUAUGUUUUCCAAAACAUAUUAUUCGCAGGAACAUUCAUCAACUAAAUAGCCUGUUUACUCCAUACUGAGCCUACUUUAUA